AGUGUUAACUGUUCCUCGAUCCGUCUAUGACUAUUCAGACUAGUGUACGAAUUUCAUGAACAUCGAGAAGUCGGUAGAGGUUAAAGGUUUCUUACGUGGUCUCCAUAGUUAUUAAUAGAUGAACGGUUGUACGCGAUUAGAAUAGUGAACGGUAUAACAAACAACAUUUAUUCAAAGAUAACAUAAAUAUUAUUGUUUUUAUUAGGUACGUAAAUGUCAAGAAAAAGUAUUAACCUCAAGAUGGAAUAUAAAUGGUCAUUAUUCACAGUACUUAUAUCAACAGUAUUAUGUGUAAGGGUUCCUCAAAAUCCUUGUCCCAACGUAUUCCAAUAUUAUAAAGAUACACAAGGAAAUAUAUACGGAGAAGCCGUUUUGCCCUAUGAUAAUGCUACAUAUAUGGAAUUCAGUGUAAACGCAUCAUUCAAAGGACAAUACGAACAUUUGAAAUUGAGACUAGAGCUGGUAACAGAACUUGCUGAACUAAAUAAUUAUGUGAAAAAUGUUAUUUACAAUAUUUACUUUCCUUUCACGAACCUAAUACCGAAAAUUACAAGGAUUGCCUAUAAUAAUCGAGUGUACUGUAUGGGACCUGGAGAGCCCGUAAUACCUGGAUCACCCGGAAUAACUAACGUUUGGCAUUCAGUAAUCUUCAGAUUUGUUAGAGUACCAAAUAGAUUCUACAAAGUACCAUCUGUAGAGGUAGAUCAAUCUGAUCUUGACAUACCUGUAAAGGAUCCAAAAGAGCGACCGAAAUUAACAACACCAGAACCAAUGCGAUAUAACCAAACUUUGCCUGAGUUAAGGCCAAAUACACUAGUACCACCGCCCAAGGAUUCACGACCAGAAGCUGACACAAUUGAUCAAGGUGUUCUCGAUGCCAUCUUUACUCACCCAACAGAAUCUACUACGAACAGUGCGUUUAUGUUUACAUCACCUAACAUCAUAUCUGACGAUGGAUAUAAAUGCGGAUUACUUGGCGACCAAUUACCGAAUAAUGCUGUAGUGCCUCUAAUUUUAGGUGCUUCUGACAGCAAAAUUGGACAGUUUCCCUGGUUAGUGGCUUUAUUUAUGAAUGCAGGAUCCAAGUAUGAUUACAAGUGCUCAGCUAAUUUGAUUUCGGAAAAACAUGUAAUAACAGCCGCUCGUUGUAUUCAAUUUUAUAAUAUUCAAAUAAUGAAGACUGACCAAAUUUUCUUAAUAAUGGGCACAAAUAGUUUAGAAAAUUGGAAUAAUAAUGGAGCUAUAACAAGAAGAGCCAUCGAUGUUAAAGUACAUCCAGCUUUCAAAGAAAAUUCCAAAUCUGCUCACGGAGAUCUUGCUAUCAUUACCAUGGAUCGUCGUGUUCAAUUUUCAAAAGUAUUAAGUCCAGUCUGUUUAUGGAAGGGUAAUACUGACUUAUAUCCUUUAACCAACAAAAUGGGAGUGAUAGCAGGAUUUGGUCAAGAUGAAAACUCCCAAGCCAACGGUUUGACACACGUUUUAAGAGCCAAAAGAGCAGAUAUGCCCAUAGUUUCUCAAUCGGAAUGUCUGACAAGUCCUUUAGGAUUCAAAGAUGUCACUUCUGACCGAACUUUUUGUACAAAGAGUGGUGAUACUCCAACAGGACCCUGUAUAGGAGACAGUGGCGCUGGUUUCUUCAUAUUAAUGGAUGGUGCUUAUCAUCUUCGAGGAGUAGCAUCGGCGAUUUCCGUUACUAACGGAAUUUGCGAUCUGUCAAAUAAAUAUUCAGUAUUCUGUGACGUUGCUAAAUUUUCAGACUGGAUUAAGUCCAAUAUGGUUUAACUUCCUUACGAGCUGUGAUGAUUUUAUUAUUUAUAAAUUGGUUAGUAUCAGUGUAAAUCUCAUUGAUAUUUAGGGGUCAGAGAAUAGAUAAUAAUUGAAAAUCAACCAAAAUCCAUAUUUGGUAACUGCGCUUCUAUUUACCAAUUACCAAUUAAUAUAAAUAUGUAGAAUACGACGUAUUAACUUCACAUCGUCAUUUUUAAAUGUCGAGGCUGAAAAAAACGUACCUUUGAUCUCCUCAUCGUUUGGACGUUGAAUGGGAAUCCAAUUACUAUGAAUAGUUUGAAGCUGAGACAUUUUGAAUUUAGAUAUUUUCUUCUUAUUACAAAUGUAUCUGAUAUAAUUUUGUUAUCAUUUUAUUCCUGAACAAUUAUUUUAUUAAUUAAAUGAAAUCUCAAUAUAGUAGUUGGGAUGCAAAUACUGACCUACUCUAACUGUCUACAUUCCACAUAUUAGACGUAUUGAAUUUGUGACAUAUUGAGUUGAUAGAUGGCCUAAAUGCAGAGCCACAUCUCUUAAAAAAUUUCCAAUCGAUACUGAUAGUCCAGAGCCGGUAACACUAGUCAUCCGUCAUAGCGGAAUCAAAAAUUUUUAUUUAAAUAAAUAAAACAUAAGUAUAGGAAUAAAUUAAGCUAGGUAUGCGUGGAUUCCUAUUGCCAAAACAAUUUUGAAAAAUAUUAAAAAAAUGACAAAAUGUUUAACCGUCAUCGAGGAUAUAUUCAAGGAAUAAUAGGAGAAUUUUUAUUUUAGAUAACUGAAACAAUGAAUAAUAUUGAAAUAAUUGACUGGAGUUUAUUCUCAAACUCAUCUAUAUUCUUCACUUUCUUCUUCAUUUAAUUGGCCACUGAGAAUUUCUUCAACUUUUGAAGGUGCUGCUGGACCUUUAUACCACAACGGUUCCAACUUAUUUUCUUGAUUUAGUUGCCAUCCACAUUCACUUGGUUCAAAUAAAAUACAAAUUGGCUCCGUGGCAUUUUGCCACAUUGCAUUUAUAAAUAUGGUGCUUACAACUUUUUGUGACAGAUUUUUCCAGCAUGGAGGACUAUUGCUAGAAUUGAAAUUUGUAAAACCUUUGUAAAAUUCUUCUUUGUCAUUGGUGCUUGCAAAAAAUUUUAAAGAAUAAUUCAAAUCCUGCAAUAUCAAUAUUAUUUUUGUCUAUAUUAUACAUUUCGUUGGUAAGUAUUAAGUGCAUAAGAUCUGUUUUCUCUUCGUCAUUGAUGUCUUCCGGAUCCGUCAAAUGUUCAAACAUAUUUUGGUAUUCUUCAUUCUGUAUUAAAAUGUUGAAGGGUUUGAUUUUUCCUUUGUGAACAAAAGCUGCUGUAUAAUCAGAACCUGUGAAGGCAUGGAAGCCCGGAAGAUCUCGUAAAAUGUGAUGGACCUAUUCUCGUGCAAGAUCUGUACAACUUAUAUAGACAAAUGAUUAAAACGUCAGUAUCUACAGAUUUAAUGAGAAUUUUUUUAUGAGAUGAACAUUUUUUCAAGUGGAAGAAAAUUCUUGUAUCAGCCUCUUCGUGUAUAAUAACGUGAUAAAAACAAUAUGAGUUGAUAAUAUUCAAAAAUAUAAAGAUUCAACACUUCUUCCCAAAAUAGAAAACAGAAUGACGAAACAUUCGACACUUGAAGGUGAAACAGACUGAAGGAACAGAAUAGCUUCUACCUUCUAAAAUACCCAAAGAAAACCUCAUCUGAACUAGAGAAAAGUAAUAAAUAUAUACAUAGAGACCAUGCAGACUAUAUAGUCUAUUCUCCAUGAUAGAAACAAUUGCAACUAAUCCACCUCUUACGAUUCACCUCUUGAACAGUACUCUGUACUAACCUAUAUUAGUAUGUAAAAAACAUUAAUCAACAAGAGUAGUUUUACAGAGGGCCUGAUUAAGAUUUAUAAGGCCCGGGGUUAAAAUAAUGACGGGGCCCUUUAAGGAAUUCGGAAACCCGGAAAAAUUGAACAGAUAAUAUCGAUAUGUUAGAUUUGUGGUAUCAACACAUAACAAAAUACAGAAUGUUUUCCAAUUAAUGGGACCUUCUUGGACCUGGGGCUGUAGCCCCCCAAGCCACUAGCUUAAUCCAGUCCUGGUUUUACAAGAAACAUAAUUAUUAUUGACAUAAAAUACGAAAUCAUAAUAAUUAUGUAACAAUGGUAAUUCGAGAAAAAGCAUUUACUCCAAAAUAAAUGUAUUGAACAUCGAACAUUUUGGAGUAGAUGCUAAUAUAUUUUAUGCACUUCAAGAUGGUAUGCCGUAUUUUUCCGGCAGCUUUUGAGCGUGCAUACCAAGAUAUUUUUUAAAAUGACAUGAAACUAAACGAAAUAAAAGUUUCCGGCAUGAUGGAGAACAUUUAGCAGGCAAAAAAGUGGUUUACAGUCGAAUACAUUAAAAAAUAUAUCCGCGAUGACGGUAAAACAUUUUGUCACGCAUUCCGAGCUUAAUUUAUUGCUAUACUUAUGAUCUAUUUAUUUAAAUAAAAAGUUUUUGAUUCCGCUAUGACACGACUUUCAGUGUUAUCGGCUCCCCGCCUAUGAAGUUUGUACAAAAUAGCUUAUUUCUAUUUAUACUUAAUUUGGCCCAUUGACUUCAAUUAUAAUUCUGAUUUAUUUAUAUUUAUAGCUGUAAUUUUUUAUUUUCGCAUUUUAAUUUAUUUCGAAUUACUAAUUCAUUUAAUAAUCUACUAAUUUAUUUUUAAACUCUAUUUUCACAGUUAGUUGAUUAUCACAAAAAACUGUUACUUCCUUCAAAUUGCAUUUGAAAACAGUAAAUAAUUAUAAUUGAGAUUAUUCUUAGUUUAUAAACAUAUAAGUAAAAAAUUUGUUUGACUACUAUUUUGUCUGACAUUUAAAAGUGAACUUAGGAUAUAUGUAUUAUAUUUCAGACACACAUAAUUGUAUAUAUUUAUCAUUAAUGAUUAUUAUCUAUUUUUCAAGAAAAUCUACAAAUGCUAUGAGUAGAACCUUUCUUUUAUUCAUUAUUCUGAAUAAUAAUUUCUUUUCUGAAACUUUUAAAUACAUGACACUAUUAAACUAACAAUUUGUCAAAUUAUUACAUGAAAUAAUUCGGUAAUUUUAUACUUUCGCUCUCCUCGAUUUUUGGCUCUAGAAAAUCGAAAAAUCAUCCGAUUUCGGUGAACUUUUUUAAUAUUCGUUUUAACGGCGGAUUUAUGAAAAAAAUAUGGGAAUAAAAAAAAUAAAAACUGGUUAGGAUACGAUGUUCACAUUUGAUUUGCUUUUCAAACAACACUCCCCCCGCUUACAAUAAGUGAUUUUAAGAAUGUUUUUGUUCAUAUAUCUUUAAUGAUUACUUAAUAAAAAAGGUACAAACUAUUAUAUGUGAGAGAAGGGCAAUUUUAAGAGAAAUUAUUAUUAUUUUUAAUUGUAAAAACAUGAUAAAUCAACAUUUUUGUAUAAUUUUUUUUUCACUUUCAUAAUUUUUUGUGUAGAUUAUGAAAAUUUCAUUUGAUUAUUUGGAAAAAAGUUAUCAACAAUUAUACGUGAAUGAGUUCACUUUCAUGAACAUUUAAAGCCCUGAAAUCAAUAGAAGUUUUCUUUUAUUUUAUUCCUAUAAUUUUUUCCGUAAAUCCGCCGUAAAAAUUAAGAUUUUAAACAAAAUUCAAUGAAAUCGGAUGAUUUUCCGAUUUUCUAGAACCAAAAAACGAGGGGACCGCGAAAGUAUAAAAUUACUAAUAAUUUUGUAUAUGGAUAAUAAUUAUGAAUAUUUGCUAUAAAUUGUUCAUUGAAAUUUUUCCAGAAUAUCGAACACGAAGUAAAAUAUUAGAAAUAAGCUCUAUUUGUGUACUUGUUGUCUCUGUAUAUACUGUUCAUAAUGUAUGGUGCCUUGAAGAUAAUAUAAUAUUUAUUUCUAA